UAUAUCAAGACCCAUCGCCCUUGGGAAGUGCAUUUCUACAUUCGAAGAAGAACUUGAGAGAAACCUGACACAGGACGCAUGGGUAUCUGGACCUCAGGCAUUGAUAUCUUCCUAAGUCUUUGGGAGACUUAUGUGUCUCCAAGAAGCCCUGGAUGGAUGGGCUUUAUCCAGCAUUCAGGAGCUUGCUGUUUUGUUGCUCUUAUUUCAGUGGGCCUCCUGUCUGUGGCCUUUUGCUGGUUUCUUUCAUCAAUCAUAGCAGUUGCUGUCUCCUGGAUUAUCACAUGUGUUCUGCUGUGUUGCUCCAAGCAUGCACGGUGUUUUAUUCUACUCGUCUUUCUCUCUUGUGGCCUGCGUGAAGGCAGGAAUGCUUUGAUUGCAGCUGGCACAGGGAUCGUCAUCUUGGGACAUGUAGAAAAUAUUUUUCACAACUUUAAAGGUCUCCUAGACAGUAUGACUUGCAACCUAAGGGCAAAGAGCUUUUCCAUACAUUUUCCACUUUUGAAAAAAUAUAUUGAGGCAAUUCAGUGGAUUUAUGGCCUUGCCACUCCACUAAGUCUAUUUGAUGACCUUGUUUCUUGGAACCAGACCCUGGCAGUCUCUCUUUUCAGCCCCAGUCAUGUCCUGGAGGCACAGCUAAACGACAGCAAAGGGGAAGUCCUGAGUGUCUUGUACCAGAUGACAACCACGACAGAGGUGUUGUCUUCCCUGGGUCAGAAGCUACUUGCCUUCACAGGGCUUUUGCUCGUUCUGCUUGGCACUGGCCUCUUCAUGAAGCGAUUUUUGGGCCCUUGUGGUUGGAAGUAUGAAAACAUCUACAUCACCAGACAAUUUGUUCAGUUUGAUGAAAGGGAGAGACAUCAACAGAGGCCCUGUGUGCUCCCGCUGAAUCAGGAAGAAAGGAGGAAAUAUGUCAUCAUCCCGACUUUCUGGCCAACUCCUAAAGAAAGGAAAAACCUGGGGCUGUUUUUCCUCCCCAUACUUACCCAUCUCGGCAUCUGGGUGCUGUUUGCAGCUGUAGAUUUUCUGCUGUAUCGGCUCAUUUUCUCAGUGAGCAAACAGUUUCAAAGCUUGCCAGGAUUUGAGGUUCACUUGAAACUGCACGGAGAGAAACAAGGAACUCAAGAUGUUAUCCAUGAUUCUUCCUUUAAUAUAUCUGUGUUUGAGUCCAACUGUAUCCUGAAACCAAAAUUCCUUCUAUCUGAGACCUGGGUUCCUCUCAGUGUUAUUCUUGUAAUAUUAGUGAUGCUGGGACUAUUGUCCUCUAUCCUUAUGCAACUUAAAAUCCUGGUGUCAGCAUCCUUCUACCCCAGCGUGGAGAGGGAACGCAUCCAAUACCUGCAUGCAAAGCUGCUUAGGAAAAGAUCAAAGCAGCCGCUGGGAGAAGUCAAAAGCCGGCUGAGUCUCUACCUUACAAAGAUUCAUUUCUGGCUUCCAGUCCUGAAAAUAAUUAGGAAGAAACAAGUGGGCAUGGCAAGUGCAGACAAGCCACGAGAGACCCCGGGUACUCUUCAGCCACGUCGCAUCAGCAAUGCUCAGGUCUAUGAAGGCAGUCACUAUUCAUGCCAGAUAAUAGAGAACGACACGGUCUUCUCAAGAGUCUGAGUUUGCAGACCCACCUUGCAGCACCUGGUUAUGCCUCCUUUCACCUCAAAGCCAAAGAGCUGCCAGGUGAAUGGUUAUGUGCUCUGUCUUCCAGCCAAACCACAUGAUCUGAUCUGUGUCACAAUGUUACAGGACUCUAGCUGGGUCCCCUGAUGGUGAGUUUCAGCAUAGAAUAAUGUUCAAAGAAAAGAAAACAAAAACAAUUGAAAUCUCUACCACGGCCUCGCAAGCAGAUGCCAAAGGGAACAUACGUAUAUAAAGCCAGCAAACUAUCUUUAAACUCUUUGUCCUUUCUAAUGUCUUCCAUGGCGAUCGCCCCCACAGUGGUCUCUCUCUCUUUUUGUUUUUUU